CAAGGAUUGGAAAUCAUUCAGGGAUUUCAGACUUACGUGACUCUUGUCCCUUAUGUCAACAGAGAGAGUUUUCCUGUUGUUUUACUCACUCUUUACCAACGAGAAACGACAGAAGGUAUCUGUCGCCAUUUUCAAAGUUUGAUAAGGACGUUGUUGAAACGACAGCUACCGGCGGGCUUGUGGAAAAUUUCGACACUGGUCGUUGAUUUAAGCCCUAAGCUACGAGAGCUCGUUCUGAACACUUGUGCUGAAACGGUCACAGAAUCCCAGGCGGAAGGAAGCUGCCACGGGUUUUCGGAAAAACCGACGGAUGAACUUAUGAUGCAGGUCAAGGAAAAGCUAUUACGACCUUAUUUCGUGUCUUAUCGAGAUCUUCUACGACGAAAUAUUGAAGAGGUGGUGAGGCAACUAGCCACGACAGAUCCGGCCUAUUUCCUGUCGGUUCUGGAACUGUUACAAGGGCGCAAUUGCUCCCGUGUUGACUUUAAGAAAAUCGAUAUGAUGUUUAAGAGUCCCGGAAUCGAACCUGUGGUUAAAGAGUUCUGGAAAGUUUGGGGGCAUGAGCAGAUUUCGAGACAAGUAUUUCCAGCAACUGUGACAAAUGUUUCGUUAACAAAACCCUUGUACAACGCUAUUCCAGGAAUGUUCAGAACGCUACCAGAUGUCGCUGAUGGAUCCGUUAAUAUCAAUGCUUUUCCUCACGUUCCAAUAAAAGAAGGUCUUCAUAGCGUUAUUAAGUGUCUUAAGACACAGGAUAUAUCCCAAUCAAAAACUAAAUCGGACUUGGUUGAUACAAAGGCUCGUUCUUGUGUGUGCAGUGUGUGUAAGAUUCCAUCAUUGGCCUCCAGGCCUUCAUCUAGAUUAAGAAUGUAUGGAGAAUUCACCGUGAAAAAUACCCACCAUACAAGUACUGAAACUCAGCUGCUUGAAGUGACCAAGGGAGGUACUGAAACUCAGCUGCCUGAAGUGACCAAGGGAGGUACUGAAACUCAGCUGCCUGAAGUGAUCAUGGGAGGUACUGAAACUCAUCUGCUUGAAGUGACCAUGGGAGGUACUGAAACUUAG